AUGAAUUACCCGCACCGAAUUCAACCUAUUCUUUAUACAUGUGAUUAUCUUAUUGAGAAUUUAUCAGCAGGUAUUUAUUCAGUCUUUGCAUUUGAAGACUGUGACGAAGCUCAUGGAUCCUUUUGUUAUCCUCAAAAACAAGCAUUCGGAUGGAGUACCAGUGAAAUACUCAGUAAAUGGACUCAACAUACUAUCUAUAAUUCAAAUACAGCUAUUAUAAAUGCUAAUAUUAUACUGCGUAAACCACAUUCAUUCUUCUCUGCUGGCUAUCCGAUCAAAACGGAAACUGCACGAUUUUAUACAAUCAAUCGAAUUCCCAUCUUACAGUUGAAUUCAACGACACCUGUUGAUCGUGGUUAUUCACAUGGGUAUUUAUUAGCUCCCCAUAUACUCGAUUGGUUUUAUUUCUACUUAUUAGAAGAGAAUUUCGAAUCAAUAUCUAAAUAUCAAGAAUUCUAUGCAUUGGUGGAUCCAGCUUCAAACUUCUUUCAUUAUCCUGUCGAUUAUUUGCUCGAAAUUCAAGGAAUCAUUCAAGGAAUGCAAGCACGGACGGAUUGUAAUUUAUUUCUCUAUGAAUUCGAUCGACCUUUUGAUCGUAUUGAUUUGCUUGCAAUGAAUUCAUAUAUUGAGAGGCGAACAAUAAAAACAGAUCCUCGGACAGAUGAGAUGGUAAAAAGUACCAUCGACGAUGCUGUCAAUUAUCCCAAUUGUAGUCAAGUUGUUGUAUGGAAUCGUUUAACGACUGAUAAACGAAUAAUUGCAGGUCGUAAUAUGGAUGGUGAAUGUGAUAUUCGUCGUGUCACUGUAUCAACUACUGUUUUGUUUGCUGUGAACAGUUCAGAUAAAUCUAAACAAUAUCGUUAUAUUAGUUUAAUGUGGCCUGGUAUGAUUGGCACACUAUCAGGAAUAAAUGAAACAGGCUUAUAUUGUAUGGAAAAUGCUGGACCAUCUCAAAUAGGAGGUCAAAUCAAAGGCUUAACACCAGUUUCCUAUAUUGCUACUCAUGUAUUAAGAACUUUGAAUGCUCACUUCGCCACUAUAACUGAAGUGAAAAAUGCUUUCGAAGCAUUCGUAUCUGAUCCAAUACUCAACAAUGAUUCAAAAAUAUGGCCGAUCAAAAGAGCUCCAAGUGAAUUGAAAGGUCCAAUAUGUGGUCCUGGAAGUGUGUUUGUACUAACUACAAUGUCGAAUGAAGGUGGCAAUGCAUGUGUAUUAGAAGGUGAUCGAUAUGGUGGACGUAUCAGAACAUCAAUGCAAGCAAUACCUCUAAUACCUGAUUGUAUAAUAGCAACGAAUCAUUUUCAUCUUUAUGAUUUUACUUCUUCAUUGCAUGAUAAACAUUGUAAUUUUGACUCGGAUGUAAGCUUUAGUUCACUGCAUCGAUAUGAAAGUAUGAGACAUCGAUUAGAAAUGGAAUUUCGCUUAAAAUCGAAUGUCGUUCAUUUAAAUGUUGAAAAUAUUCUUUCACUAUUACAAUCAGCAUGUGAAGGUCGAACUGAACAUACAAUCGAGGUUGAACUUGAAACGAAUGGUAAUAUUACAAUUCAUGUUCAUUUGGCAGCGUCCAUAUUUGGACUAUGGUAUGUACCAUAUGAGCCUGCACGCACAAUUCAAUUCGAAGAUUUAUUUACAUGA